AUGUUUGUGUCUGGUUCUGUUUUUCAGCUGUACGUGAACUCUCGUUACGCCAAACCUCGGUUUAAGAAGUUUGGGUUUGAGAUUUAUGACACGGGGAACAUGUACCUGGUGCGGACCCCGGCGGGACUGAGGCUGCAGUGGUUCCACUCCACCGGGACCAUGGUGGUGGACACUGAGGCGCACCACAACAGGCUGACCACCAGGGGGCUCUGUGGGUUCUGUGACGGAGACCCGACUAACGACCUGACUCUCCCUGAUGGUUCCGUGUCCAACAGUGAAGUGUUCGUCCACAGUUGGACCGUGGCCAACACCAGCUCGUCCUUCAGCCUCAUCAGACGCAGAGACAAGAACUGUUCCACCAGCGACUGCUCGCACUGCCUCAGCCUCCUGCAGGGGGCGCCCUACUGGGCCUGCCACCCAUAUGUUCCUCCCAGUACCUUCUGUGAGCUGUGGGUGCGGGAUGCAGAGUAUGUGAAUAACGAGUGUGUGGCGCUGUCUGCGUACGUCGCCUCCUGCCACAAGUUCAACAUCUGCAUUGAGUGGAGGAGCCGCGAGAACUGCCCCUUCACGUGUCCUGACGGCCUCCAGUACCAGUCGUGUCUUGGCGCCUGCUCCGCCUCCUCGUGCCCAGACCAGGACUUUGACUCGGACCCGGACCAGUGCUCAGGCCUCACAGAGGGAUGUGUGUGUCCAGAGGGAACCCUGCUCCACCGGCCCUACUCUGCACUCUGCAUCCGGCCUGACCAGUGUGGUAAGAACUCUGACCUGACCAGUGUGUGUGGUAAGAAAUGUAACCUGACCAGUGUGAACCCUGACCUGACCUGUAAGAAGUCUGACCUGACCAGUGAGAACCUGACCAGCAACAACUUUGAGGCCUGCACAGACAGCGCCGGCCUCCCUCGGGCCCAUGGGGAGGUGUGGAGGACCUCCCAUGACGCCUGCUGCAUGUAUCGCUGUGAGAACGACACUGUGGUCCCUGUGGAGGUGGUCUGCUCUGCUGCAGUUCCACAGUGUCACAGACAGGGGGAGGUAGUGGUCAGCCUGGCCGAGGACACCAGCUGCUGCCCCCUCAAGCUCUGCGAGAUGACUCCUGCUGCGCCUCAUUCUUCUGCGGUGAGUCGACUCACCCUCACCCUCACCCUGACCCUCACCCUCACCCUGACCCUCACCCUGACCCUCACCCUGACCCUCACCCUGACCCUCACCCUGACCCUCACCCUGACCCUGACCCUCACCCUGACCCUCACCUUGACCCUGACCCUCACCCUGACACUCACCCUCACCCUGACCCUGACCCUCACCCUGACCCUCACCUUGACCCUGACCCUCACCCUGACCCUCACCCUCACCUUGACCCUGACCCUCACCCUGACCCUCACCCUGACCCUGACCCUGACCCUCACCCUGACCCUCACCCUCACCUUGACCCUCACCCUGACCCUCACCCUGACCCUCACCUUGACCCUCACCCCUCACCCUGACCCUGACACUCACCCUCACCCUCACCCUGACCCUCACCCUGACCUUGACCCUCACCCUGAUCCUCACCCUGAUCCUCACCCUGAUCCUCACCCUCACCCUGACCCUCACCCUCCCCCUGACCCUGACCCUCACCCUGACCCUGACCCUCACCCUGAUCCUCACCCUGAUCCUCACCCUGAUCCUCACCCUGACCCUCACCCUGACCCUCACCCUGACCCUCACCCUGACCCUGACCCUCACCCUGACCCUCACCCUGAUCCUCACCCUGAUCCUCACCCUGAUCCUCACCCUGAUCCUCACCCUGAUCCUCACCCUGAUCCUCACCCUCACCCUGACCCUCACCCUGACCCUGACCCUCACCCUGACCCUCACCCUGACCCUGACCCUCACCCUGACCCUCACCCUGAUCCUCACCCUGAACCUCACCCUGAUCCUCACCCUGACCCUCACCCUGACCCUCACCCUGACCCUCACCCUGACCCUGACCCUCACCCUGACCCUCACCCUGAUCCUCACCCUGAUCCUCACCCUGACCCUGACCCUCACCCUGACCCUCACCCUGAUCCUCACCCUGAUCCUCACCCUGAUCCUCACCCUCACCCUGACCCUGACCCUCACCCUGAUCCUCACCCUGAUCCUCACCCUCACCCUGACCCUGACCCUCACCCUGACCCUGACCCUCACCCUGACCCUCACCCUGAUCCUCACCCUGAUCCUCACCCUGAUCCUCACCCUCACCCUGACCCUGACCCUCACCUUGACCCUCACCCUGACCCUGACCCUCACCCUGACCCUCACCCUGACCCUGACCCUGACCCUCACCCUGACCCUCACCCUGAUCCUCACCCUCACCUUGACCCUCACCCUGAUCCUCACCCUCACCCUCACCUUGACCCUCACCCUGACCCUCACCCUCACCUUGACCCUCACCCUGACCCUCACCCUGACCCUCACCUUGACCCUCACCUUGACCCUCACCCUCACCCUGACCCUCACCUUGACCCUCACCUUGACCCUCACCCUCACCUUGACCCUCACCUUGACCCUGACCCUCACCCUGUAGUUUUACUGCAAAGAAACUGA